AGCUGGACGUGGAGUCAGCCACACACACACACACACACACACACACUCACUCACUCUCUCUCUCUCUCUCUCCCUCUGUCACACACACACCAACCCGACGGGACAGGCUUUUUUCUGUUCAGAGAGGAGCAGCUGUACCGGCAGCCGGUGCUGAAGCCAGGGACCGUUAGCCUGCUUCAGCUAAGCAGCUCCAGGGACCGUUAGCCUGCUUCAGCUAAGCAGCUCCAGGGACCGUUAGCCUGCUUCAGCUAAGCAGCUCCAGGGACCGUUAGCCUGCUUCAGCUGAGUAGCAUUGGGGCACGUUAGCCUGCUUCAGUUGAGUAGCAGCUAGCAUUAGCCAGCUUCACUAGUGGAGCCUGGACACCAGGCUCUGCCUGAACACAGAACAGGAGGAAGAAGGGAAACAAAAAAACAUUUAAAAAUAAAGCAACCGAUUAGGUGGAAUACCGAAGGAAGACUCGUGGGAGAGGCGGUUCCCUGCCCCCCGUCGGGGGGUGGGUUUUGGGGCGAUGCCGGGUCUGGCCGCGGCGGGCAGGCAGGACCGGCUGAAAAAGGGGAGCAGGGCGGCCGUGCCCGUCCUCUUCACCAUCACCGAGGAAGACGAGCAGCAGAAGACCAGCGGCGGGAGGAAGAGGAGGAGGAGGAGGAGGAGGCGAGGCGGUGAUGGAGGCAGCUCACAGCCCAGGUCGGAGGAGAAGAAACCAUCCUGCCGCUCUCCUUGCUCUGGGACGGGUCAGAACAACAGCAACAACAGCACUGGCAGCAAACCAGAGCCGCUGGUGUUAAAGAUUGAUGAGCGACAGAGGUUAGCUCGCGAGCGGAGAGAGGAGCAGGAAAAACAGAUCGCUGUGCGGGAGUCUGCCUGGCAGGAGCGGGCGGAGCGGGCCAAGCAGUACUAUGAGAAGCACCUGGAGGAGCGGCGGCAGAAACUGGAGGAGCAGAGGCUCCGGGAGGAGAGGAGGCGCACCGCCGUGGAGGAGAAGAGGAGACAGCGGCUGGAGGAGGACAAGGUACGGCAUGAGGCGGUGAUGCGCCGGACGCUGGAGAGGAGCCAGCGAGCCAAUCAGAAGCCCAACCGCUGGUCCUGGGGCGGAGCCCUGCAGGGGAGCACCGCCCACCCCAGUGAUGCAGACAGGAGGUCUGUUUCCACGGCGAACCUGUCCAAACACGCAGAACCCAUCAUUACAAAGCGCCUGUCGUCCUCCUCUGCGACCCUCUUAAACUCUCCAGACCGAGCCUUACAGAGAUGGACGUCCUCGUUAAAAAAAUCUCAGUCUAGACCCCGCGUCUGCAAAGACCACAGCCCGCGGGACGUGCCCUCAGCCUCGCGCCGGUUGCCUCUGACCCCCUGGGAGAGCAGUGUGGUGAAUCGGCUGCUGACCCCGACACACUCCUACCUGGCCCGAAGCAAGAGCGCUGCAUCCCUGUCUGGGGAAGCAGUCAUCCCCGUUUGUCCUCGCUCAGCCUCCUGUCACCCCGGGACCUCCACGUCCUUCAGGACCCUGCAGUGCCGGAACGGCGAGAGGCCCAGAGCGGCGCUCUCCAGCCUGGACAGCGUGCACCGCCGCCGGAGCGCCAACCCCCCCACGGGGAACAAACGAGACAAAGACUACGUGCGGAAGUCUUGGAGCAAUCUCUCUGUCGCUCCCCCUGUCGACGUGAAGAGGUCGUGGUGUCCUGGCAACCAGAAGAGCAGAGCGACACUGCCCUCUCCAGUGCGAGCCAAUCACAAGGCAGCCCCACGGCCCCCCACCCCAAAGCGGGUGAGGUCCCCGCCCCCUCCCCAGGCCCCGCCCACCAGGGAGGAGCCUAGCUCUCCCGGCCGGCCCCUGUCUCCCGGCAACGUGCGGCCGGUGAGGGCGGAGCCACAGGGGGAGGAGCUUGCAACCCCAGGGAAAUCGAACCGCAAAGCAGAGACCCCAGCGCCAUCGAGAGAUCCGCCCAGCGACUCCUCCCCUCCCUCCGUGGCCACGCCCCCCGGCGCGGGGAGGCUGUCGGCCGGGACCACGGACCCCGAGGAGGCGACCCGUCUGCUGGCGGAGAAGAGGAGGCAGGCGCGCGAGCAGAGAGAGAGGGAGGAGGAGGAGAGGAGGCUCAGGGAGGAGACAGAGAGGAGAGGACGGGAGGAGAUGGCGCGCAGGAAGGCGGAGGAGAGAGCCCGGCGGGAGGAGGAGGCGCAGCACCUGGCGGAGGAGAGGAGGAAGAGGGAGGAGGAGGAGAAGCUGGCCGAGGAGGAGAGACUGCAGCGGGAGAGAGAGGAGGCCGAGCGGCUGCAGAGACAGAAAGAGGAAGAGGAGGCUCGCCAGCGGGAGGAGGACGAGCGGCUGAGGCUGGAGAGAGAGAAGCACUUCCAGAAAGAGGAGGCGGAGCGACUGGAGAGGAAGAAGCGUCUGGAGGAGAUCAUGAAGCGGACUCGGCGGUCGGAACCAGCAGAGAAGAAAUCUGUUCCGCACAGGAACGGAGAGUUCUCUGAGCCGAAAGCGGAGGUAACAGCCCCGCCCCCACAGCCCACCCCGCCCUCUGUGACCGUGACCGAGGAGGACCAGGACCUGGAGGACCAGGACCUGGAGGACCAGGACCAGGACCUGGAGCACGUUGACCGAAACGGACACAGAUACGCCGGGGGCUACGCUCCCGCACUGCCCACCAUCGCUGAGAGCACCUCCUCGCCCGAGGCCCGCCCCAGAGAGAACGGGGUCCCGGAGCCGGGCCUUGACGAGGCGUUCGAGGAGGUGAUCUCCCUGCCCGUGGGCGCCAGGCUGGUCCGGCUGGAGGACGAUGACCUCAUCCCCGUGGUGGCGUUCCGGGAGAACGGCUCGCUCCGGCCCCUGGCCAGCGUGGAGGACGUGCAGGCGCGCCAGAGAGCCGAGCCACCCUAGGUGCCUUGUAGGUAAGCAGUUCAUUGGCAUUCCUGUACAGAUGUUAUCUGAGAACGUCUACUGAAGGAGCUGGACAGCUAUUCUAAGACUACCCCCCUCCCCUUGAGAACGAGGCAGCCAUUCCUUAAACUGGCACUUUUGAGAGGACACUUGAAAACUUUUUUGUUUUUUUUCUGUUGACGAGACUUUAUAACUAACCCAAAUUUCGGUAGUCAAGGAGACCAUCCGUCUCCAGCUGAUUGCGCUUCCGUGUGCUUUUUGUGUUUAGACGACUUUCCCCACUUCGCUCCCAACGAAACUGGCCACAGGAGACGAACGUUUUGUUUUGUGAUCACGCUUGGCGGCUGGGAAUACUUUUUCUUUCCUUUUUUUUUUUGGGUGUUACUACUUACUGUACUUUGAAAUCAGCUGUCGCGUCCUCUUAUCUAAUACUUGAAUUGCUCUUCACUGUAGACAUAGCGCGCGAUGAAUGAAGUAGCCUACUGUAAUAAGCCUAGCGGUGAAGGCAUACCGAAGAUACACUGGAAGAAAACACCGCUUUUCUAUCCGUAAACCAAGAAUAGUGCGCACACUGCUGAUUUCACAUAGUUUUUAAAAUCUCUGUAAAACCUAAAUAGUUGAUAUAUUCUUUUUUUUUUAAGAUUUCAGCUUUAAACCCCCCAUCACCCCAUUUAGGAGGUCCUCGCUUGCGUCGUAAGAAGCAGCUGGUCAAAUGAAAGAUUGAAAGCUCCGAAGUACUUAAGAUUCCAGUCAUUUUAAUAUAAUUUCAAAUGUGUAUAGUAUAAGGAAAAGUGUAAUGAAACACUAUGUUGAGCUUCUGUUGAAUUUCUGUUAAGUUCUGUUUCCUGAUUCCAACUUCCCGCAUUUCAAACUUUCGUCUGAAAAGCAGCUCCUUACCAAGUAGCUUAUCUGUAAUAAGGGGCGGUGGUCUUUAUUGCUUUGGCAAGGCAGCCAAAUGCAUUAAGCGUAACCCAAAUUUUCUGUAUGAUUGUGGAAUUAAAAUAACAUGAUCUAACAGAUUUUUGAUAUGUUCAAAAAAUAAUAAUAAUUUGAAUUUAAAUUUUGUUUCACGCUGCUAUUUAGUAACUUUUCCUUUGCCUUACUGGAUCAUGGGAGUAUGAGAUUUGAAUGAUUUGUGAAAGUCAACACUUUAGCUCGUUUAAGAGCACGCAACUUACAAUGGACAUGGAGUUUGAGGAACGAAAAUAUAUUGCAUUCCUGGAAAAAAAAAUGUGACUUUCACAUAGCUACUUUCUUCAGGCUCAUAAUUAGUUUUUGGCAACACUUGAACCGUUUUAAUUUCUCUUUUCCCAACACUUAGCAUCCGCUGCUGCUGAAGCAGGGUUCUGCAGUUCUACACCGGUUCUACACCAGAGUAGCUGCCGGCACGCUGAACCUUCUUUGUACGGAACACGGAAGACUGGUACAGCACAUUGCUGGUACCUUGAAUUUGAGACGUUAAAACAUUUAUGCAGGGAUCACUUCCUCUUACAGUGAAGUAUGCAGAGGUACGAUGCACAUAAAUAAAUAUAUGAAGACUUCUCUCCCGCGCUCAGAUACUGUAUGUGUGCCUGAGGGAGCAACAGAGAAAGACAGAAAUGUGUAUAUUUCAUUAAACCUGAUGACAAAGCUUUGAACACAAAGGGGGAAAUAUUGGAUUCUGUUCGCUGUAAAGAUGGGAGGAUCACAGAAACCAUUCGGUGGGGUAUUUUUUUUUUUUUUGGUACCAAACUGCGCCGGGAUUCUUGGAGGUGGUUCCAUCUUGUGUUUCCUCCUGCUGCACUCCUAUCCAGGUCCAUAGAGAUUCCAUUUAAUGAGACCUUUCUGUCAAUAUAUAAAUAAAAAAAUUAAAUAAAUUUAAAAAAAACGUUGUAGUUUUCAACCAUUCGAUCUGUAUAGCAUGUAAAGAAACACAAUAAAUUUUGUUUGGAAAAACCCAAAA